UCAUCCAUGCAAGCCUCUAUAUAAGCAUACCUAUCCCUGUGGGGUUUCAUGCAAGAACCAGGUACAUUUACUCCGAUCCCAAUUAUAAUUUAGGAUAACCGUACGCGUAACCCUCGAAAACAUGGGCCCAAGAAAUCAGGCUGUUUGGUUGGCUCUGUUGAUGUUGGCCUUGUGGGUUUGCGCAGCAGCGACGUCUCGCACCACGGCAACGGCGGACGAUAUGUCUGUUCGACACGAACAAUGGAUGGCUGAACACGGGCGCCAAUACAAGGACGCGGCGGAGAAGAAAUACCGUCUCAAGAUAUUCAAAAGCAACGUGGAGCGCAUAGAAUCUGUUAACAGAGACGGCGAAAGAAAGUAUGAACUCAGCGUCAACCGGUUUGCGGACUUAACGGACGAGGAGUUCAAAACUUACUACAAAGGAUUUAAGCCAAAGCCUAUUAAAGCAACUGCAACUAACAAUGAGACGUUGAUGAACAUGUCGGAUGUGCCUCCUAGCGUGGACUGGAGGGCGAAAGGUGCGGUUACUGGGGUAAAGGACCAAGGCCAAUGUGGAUGUUGUUGGGCGUUUUCCACCGUGGGAGCAACCGAAGGCCUGAUCCAGAUCAAGAAAGGGAACCUGACCUCCCUAUCGGAGCAGCAGCUGGUCGACUGCGUCACUGGCGGCGUCACCAGAGGAUGCGAGGGCGGUUUAAUGGAUGAAGCCUUCGAGUACAUCAUUCAAAACAAAGGAAUCGCAAGCGAAGAAACGUACCCAUACACCGCAACCGAGGGUACUUGCAACACGGACGCCACAUCUGCAGCCACAAUCACCGGCUACGAAAAAGUUCCUGCAAACAGUGAGGAGGCACUUAUGGCGGCAGUGGCAACACAACCGGUUUCGGUUGCCAUCGACGGAGGUGGACCGGACUUUAAAUUUUACUCCCGAGGGGUCUUUACUGGACCUUGUGGAACGGAUCUCGAUCAUGCUGUAACGCUGGUCGGCUAUGGAACGGAGGAGUCCGCCGACGGUACAAAGUAUUGGCUGGUGAAGAACUCGUGGGGGGAGACUUGGGGAGAGGGAGGCUAUAUGAGGAUGGCCAGGGACGUGGGUGCGCCUGAGGGAUUGUGUGGAAUUGCGAAGGACGCAUCUUACCCCACUCUCAAUUAACUACCUACGUCCGCUAUGCUGCCGAGUCAUCACUUAAUUCUUCAUAUGUAUAAUCUAUAUCUAUAUACAUGUAGCUCGAUCGCAACAUAUAAUAAACAUGUGUAAUAAUGCGGAUGCUCUAGCAGCAGCAGUACGUAGGAUAAUAUACAUAUACACAUGUACGUUUCAUUUUCAUGCCA